UUCGCCCGGUAAGAUCCAACUCAGAGUACCUUCCUUUUUGGAGUAUAAUCUCUGAUUGGAUAUGGACCUUUUGGAUCGUUAGAGUAAGAGAAGAAAAAAAGAAAAUUGACACGGCAUUAGUGACUAGCCUAUGUGGCCUACACAAUUUAUGUGCUUUCAUAAAUUCUUUUCUCUGUUUUUUAUUGGUUGGUUUAUAUUCCUAUUAAAUGGAUUGUGUUCAUUUUCAUAACUUAGAAUGAGAGAGAGGAAAGUAAUUAGGAGGAUUCUGAUUCUUGAUUUUUUAUAAUAAAUUCUUUAAUCAUGCCUAUUGAACUGAAAUUUUCUUAUAGAAAACGAAGUGAUGGCAUUAAUCGGUGGGUUUUUUGGACUCAAUGUAAUGGUGAUGAGUUGAACCAAGUUAAAUCCCUCUUUCCAAUUCUCAGAGAUUCUACUCAACUGGAUACAAAUGGUGACUGUCAAUUGAACAGAUUGACAAUCAAGAAUCUAGUCGAGCUUGUUGAUGUUCAAGGUACUUGUUUGAUUCAAUUUUGGGCACCUAUAAGGAUUAAUGGUGGAAAGACUUUCUUAACAACAGCAGACCAGCCUUUUGCUCUUAAUGGCAAGAUUCACGAGGGUCUGUGGGCGUACAGGCGUGUAUCUCUUCACACAAUAGCGUCCGUGGAUGCCACAGAGAUCGAUGAAACUAAACGCAUACGCGUCCAUGGCCGUCCAGCGCGCGUCUUCAGAAGUGGAAUGCCUGAAUUCAGCCCUCAUGUCAGAUACUAUUACAUGGAUGAAUACCCUUUGCGCGAUUUUGCAAUGUGUUUGGGAGUAGGUUGCUAUUGGACUUUGCCAGUGUUUGAGAGUUUAGGGGACCGUUGUAUUGGCGUACUGGAAUAUGCUUUCGAGGCAAAUGAAGACAAUGGGUCUAGCUCUCAUUCCUUCAUGGUUAGUAUGCCCGCAAGAGGUAAACUCUCCUAAUUAUGCAUUUCUUUAUAAGCAAGUGAAAAGAAUUCCCGUCAUUGAGUAUUUAUCUUGAACAAUACAUAAAAAAAAAAAAUAGAAGGCCAGCCCAGCUUCCGGGGAACGCCGGACCACAAGGAUCUAUUGUACGCAGCCUUCCCUAAGUUUCUGCAAGAGGCUGUUUCCACGGCUCGAAUCCGUGACCUCCUGGUCACAUGGCAGCAACUUUACCAUCACGCCAAGGCUCUCCUUCUAUGUUGAACAAUACAUGAAGUCUUUAAGUCUCUCUCUCUCUCUCCCACCUCUACUGUAUUUAUGUAAUUUAAUUUGCUCAAAGCAGAUACAAGAAGUAUGGGAGCAAGAACUUGCUCAAGUAAAGGAGGCUUUGGAAGUAACAUGUAAGACUCACAUGUUACUCUUUGCUCAAACUUGGAUUCCUGUGCUUGAUUCAAGUAGAACACAAAUGUUGAUCACCUCGCCCCCAACAAAAUAUUGGAGUGAAGAGAUAUCGUCUCUUGAAUUUUUGGCUGUUAGUGACCUACAUCACGUACAGAUUGGUUGGAAAAGUGCUUUCAUCAAAGGGUUCCUGCUUUUGCAGAGAUAUAACUCAAUUAAGCAUAGAAUUUUACCCCUUAGUACCAAUUGCCCGCUGUGCUGGAUUUACCGCAUGUUUUGCAAUUUUUGUGAGACUGAAUAGUGCAUGCCACAUGAUACUAGAAUUCUUUUUACCUCGUGAUGAGACGCUCAAUAGAAAUCCACAAAGUUUCUUGAGCAAGCUAUUAGCCACAAUUCGAGAGCAACUUCCAAGCUUUUUCCUUGAUUCAGGACCAAGCCUGUUUGUUGAGGUUAUCAGAACUGCUCCUGUUGAUGAGCUUGAUUCCUUUGAGAUAAGCCAAUCACAACAAGUGGUUCGAUCAAAGGGAAACGAAAAGAUGGUGCUUUUUGAUUCGUUGAAUCAAGAUUCCGCUGAUUUAGGACCUUCGAGUUCAACUGAUAUAGGAGCUCAUUACAUGGAAAUUGCAAAGGAUACUCCUGAUAACGGAGAAAAAACUGUGCUGCCAGAUUCAGCACACAAACAAGGAGUUGAGGAAGCUGAUGCAAUGGACAAAGAAAAGAGUCCUGUACAUUUCAAAGAGAAUGAAUUUGCCUAUACUGAUUCAGACAUACUUGCAACAUCAUUUGUUGAUUCAGAGCAAAAUUUGUAGCAAAACUUGUCUACCGGUAAAGCUUCGCUUGAUGAAAAACUUGAUUCCUUCGAAAUAGGCCAUCGUCAACUUCCCUCGAUGGUACAAUACGACACCAUCAAUCAAAUAUUUGGUUUUGAUCCUUCAAGUUCAUCUGAUUUAGAAGAAAUUAUAACUGCGGAUUAUGGACGGGAUACUCAAAUGAAUCUUCAGUCAAAGAAGAGAGGAGAAAGUAUACUGCCAGAUUUGGCACAUCAGCAGAGAGUGGAGGAAGCUGAUGUAGCGGACAAACGAAAGCAUUCUGUGCAUGUCGAAGAGAGUAUAAAUUCCCAUAAUUGUUCAGAGAAACAUAAAAGGAUAAAGAGAAUAGAAAAGGAGUAUGGUAUUAGUCGUAGUGUUCUAGAAGAACAAUUUGGAAAGAAACUUUCUGAUGCUGCAAAGAGUUUAGGAGUUGCUCGAAGUACCUUGAAGCGCAUGUGCAGAGACUACGAUAUAUACAGGUGGCCACGUAGUAAUUCUGCAAAUGAUGUAUGCUCGCUUUCUGAAAACAAACCAGUAAAAAGAGUUGAAAAACAGACGGGGAAUUCCAGUCGAGAAGACCUGCAACUACCACAUGCUAGUCUGUCUAAUGGAAUGGAUACAACUGCGACGUUGACUCAGAGGAAGGUGCCUAUGGCUACAUUUCAGAGCGACAACACCAUGAGCGUAAAGGUAACUUACAAAGAUGUGACCAUAAGGUUUCCGCUCUCUCUUUCAUCGGGGAAAAUUGAUUUGGAAACAGAAGUUGAGAAGAGAUUGAAAUUAGUUCCGGUUGGAAGUUAUUCUAUUAAGUAUGAAGAUGAAGAUAACGAUUGGAUUGCAAUAACAUGUGAUUCAGAUUUAGAGUAUGGAAUACACACUUUAAGAUCAUUAGGAAGAACUACAAUGAAGAUGUUGGUUGAGCCCUUGAAUUAAUUUUACUGAUUAUGUACAUGUCAUAUGUCCCCUAUUUUUAGUGUUCAUGCACCAUAGUACAAUAGACACUUGUACGAGCCGUGGAAACAGCCUCUUGCGGAAAUGCAGGGUAAGGCUGCGUACAAUAGACCCUUGUGGUCUGACCCUUCUCUGGACCGCGCGCAUAGCGGGAGCUUAGUGUACCGGACUGCCCUAUUCACCAUAUUUUUCGCAUCAGUUUAAAGCUUUCCUUAGACCAAUGCUUUUUAGUUACUAAUGUUAAUACGUGGUUGUAACGUGUUAAAUGCUAGGAUUUUGUUAUCUUGUAAUUGUUCUACAUCUGGUAGGAUCCCUAGAUUGUAUUAUACGUUUCUUCGGUCUGUGCUGGAUAUGUUUUAUGUCUCUCUUGUUUGUGUUCUUCUAGAUUA